AUGUCCUGCUACGACCUGUACCCCUCCGCUGCCUGCGGCGCCCUCCGGCCCCAGCCCCUGGCUGACAGCGGGAACGAGCCGUGCGUCCGCCAGUGCCCCGACUCCACCACCGUGAUCCAGCCUCCCGCCGUGGUGGUCACCUUCCCCGGCCCCAUCCUCAGCUCCUUCCCCCAGGAUUCUGUGGUGGGAUCUGCUGGAGCUCCCGUCCUCGCUGCCUCUGGCACCUCCCUGGGCUAUGGGGGCUACGGAUCCCUGGGCUAUGGGGGUCUCUAUGGAUAUGGGGGUUAUGGCUCCCUGGGCUAUGGGGGUUUGUAUGGAUAUGGGGGUUAUGGAUCCCUGGGCUACGGGGGUCUGUGGGGCUAUGGGGGUCUGGGGUCCUGUGGGGGCUACCGGGGUCUGUAUGGCUCUGGCAGACUCUUUGGCUCUGGCUAUUGCAGCCCCUACUCCUCCUGGUACGGCCGCUAUGGCCGUGGCUACUGGGGCUCCUGCUAAACCCUACGGAAACAUCCCUGAGUAAGGAAUCGCCAGCAACGGAGAGAUACAAUCCUGGCCCCAGAGGAGGUGUUGCGACCAUGGCCACCCCACUCAAGUGGAGCUGGAAGCAUACAACUCCUCCUUGAUUCAUUCACCUUCUACUUGUUUUCUUCUGGGCUUUUUACUUGACUGUGUGUAUGUAAUAUGUGGGAUGAAAAAAUAGUUUAUCUUCUUCUAAAAUGCAACUUCACUGUCCAACUGGAGAAGAGCAACCCUGGAAGGAGUUGCCUGUGAUCUCAUGUUCUUCAUACUCUGCAAUGUUUUUCUGUGAACGCUUUUUUCUCAUUAAAGUGAUUCUGUUCUGCAAAACAAAAAA